CAUUUAUUAAUAAAAGUGAGUUUAUGUGGUUGAUAUUGAAUUGAUAAAGUAAAAGUAAAGUUGAAAUGAUUUCGAACCACACAAACUUUACCAAAUAAGGUACGAGACAAUCUUAGUGGGACGGAUCGAAAUGGUAAAAUGGGACAAUCAUAGCGGGACGGAGGAAGUAUAAAUUAGCCAUUAAGAGUGGAGUUAUUUAUGGUUAACCGUGAAGUGAUUAACCGUCAAGUAAGAGUAAUAGCUUAUUAGUUAAUAGAGAAAACUGUCAUAUAAGUCCAUCUACUUUUGGAAAAAAGUUAAUUGAGUUCAUGUACUAUUUAAUGAAUCAAUUAAGUCCGCAAAGUAUUAGAAAAUAAUCAAAUUGGCUAUUUAGCUAGUUCUCCGGUUGUAACGUCCAUUUGGCUUUUUUCUUUCAAUUUUCUAUUAUUUUAUAUUUUAUUUUUUUUCUUUUCUUUUCAUUUUUUAUUUUUCUAUUUCUUUUGCUUUUCUCUUUCCUUGUUUCGUCCCCGUGUCUGCAACUCUGCCAGACUGCAACGUCACUCCAUCUGCUUACUUCUCGAUCUAUCAGUCUAUGGAGGCUGAGGAGCAGAGUUCGAUUCACUUGAUGAGACGGCUAUGGAAGCCAGAGUCGUUGGAGGUCGCUUUAGUGGAAGAGGCGGGGGGGGGGGGGGGGGGGGGGGUAGGCCACGAAGAUGGCAGCCGGAGGGCGGAGGCGGUGUGUACGGAGGUAUGGGCGGCGGAGGUCGUGGCUAUGGAGGUCGGGGCGGCUGGAGGUUGCUUCAAUAGAGUAGGUGAAGGUGGACGCCGCAGAGGUGGUGGCCGGAGGCGCGCGGUGUGUAGGAGGGGCGGCGGAAGUGGAGGUGGAGGCCGGAUGUGGUGGUGACCAGAUGCGGUGGCUAUGGAGGCCUGGCGGCAGAGGUGGUGCAUGGCUUGAGAGGUCUGGGAAACGGAGUUCGUUCCAAGGUGGCAGAGGGAGUAAAAAUGGAAGAAAGUGAAUGGAUUUCUGGUGGAGACAAGAAAGAAAGAAAGAAAGAAAGAAAGAAAGAAAGAAAUGGAAAUGGUAGAGCUGCAGACUGGGAAGAGGGAGCGUAUUCAGCGGACAGGAAGAAAAGAAAAAAGAGAAAGAAAAGAGAAAAAGGGAGAGAGGAAAAAGAAAAAGAAAAGAAAAAUGGAAAAAUUAGAAAACAAUAAAAAUGUAACAGAUGGGACUUCCACGUAAGCAAGUGACCGGGUAACCGGUUAGCUACCUGCUAAAUAGUAGAUUUGAUCAUUUUUUAAUAGUUCGCGGACUUGAUUGAUCUGAUAAAAAGUAUGUGGACUCAAUUGACUUUUCGUUCAAAGUACGUGGACUUAUUUGACAGUUUUCCCUAGUUAAUACUACCUCCGUCACAUUUAUAUUGUCCCGGAAGAGGGUGACACUGUGGUUGAUAUUAAUUGAUAAAGUAAGAAUAAAGUAAGAAUGAUUUAGAG